CGGUCAGAGGUCGUGGCGCUAGCAUCAUGGGAAAUGUAGUUUAGAGCACGCGCAUGCGCGCUACCGUUUGACAGGCGGUUGUUCGUUUCUGACGGGAUUUCUUCAUUUCGUUCUUCAUUAUGUCGCGUUACGGGCGACACGGAGGCGAAACGAAGGUGUACGUGGGUAACCUGGGCACCGGGGCAGGUAAGGGGGAGCUGGAGCGGGCGUUCAGUUACUACGGGCCGCUGAGGACGGUGUGGAUCGCUCGCAAUCCGCCGGGAUUCGCCUUCGUGGAGUUUGAGGAUCCCAGAGACGCUGAGGACGCCGUCAGGGGCCUCGACGGAAAGGUGAUCUGUGGCUCUCGGGUUCGGGUCGAGCUCUCCACCGGAAUGCCGCGGCGCUCCCGCUACGACCGACCCCCGACCCGCCGACCCUUCGACCCCAACGACCGCUGCUACGAGUGCGGCGAGAAGGGUCACUACGCUUACGACUGCCACCGCUACGGCCGGCGGCGCUGGAGCAGGUCUCACUCCCGCUCCCGCUCUCGGUCCCGAGGGAGGAGACACGGGCGCUCACACAGCCGCAGCCGAGGGAGAAGGUCCAGAUCUUUCUCUUCUCGUCGCUCUCGCUCUGGUUCUCCCAGACGCUCCAGAUCUGUGACGUCCAAACACUCCAGAUCCAGAUCCAGAUCCCGCUCUCGGUCUCGGUCUCGGUCUCGGUCCGGCUCGGCUCCCAGGAGCAGGUCUGCUUCAGACAGGAGAUCCAGAUCAGGCUCUGCAGCUAGGAGCCGCUCAGCGUCUCGAAGCCCAGCGAGGAGUCCGAGUCCAGACAGAGACGACUGACCUCACCGUCUGAAGAUGAGAGGAGACCACACACUUUCAGCUGCUUUUUCUGCAGUUGAAGAGAGAUUGGGUGCUUUUCUACCUGUUUAGUUGUGUAGCACACACACACUCACACUCUCACACACACACACUGUCACACACACUCACACACACACACACACACACACACACACACACUCACACACUCACACACACACACACACACACACACA